CGGGAGAACGGCAUGUUCAUGGGGUAUUUGCUACCAACGCUCUGCAAUCUGGACCACAAGUUAGAAGGACUGGAAAACAAACCUGAGAGGUACACAUACUGUUUUCAGCUGCUGAGAGGUGUGCGCGAAGCCCUAAGAAAGCGGUUUGCAGCUAUCUGGGAGGACAAGAGGCUUCUUCUGGCAGCCUGCCUACACCCUCGCUUCAAACUAGAUUGGCUGGAAUCGUGUCAGGCCAUCACCCAUACCAACAAAUACACAAUGGAAGCCUUGUUGAAAGCUGAAAUAAAGAUGGGUGUACUUAAUGAGGACAGUGAUCAGUCUUCAGAUAAAGACCAGGAAGAAGAUGACUUAGAAGAUGACUUCUUUAACUUUCUGCCCCAGGGCAAGAAGUCAGCAGUGGACACUGCUGAGGAGGAACUGGUGAGGUACCUGAGGUCUCCCAGCAGGGAAGUGUCAUCACUCCAUGGCUUUCCACGUGUGCUGCGGUGUUUUUUGCAGCACAACACAGGCAUGCCUUCAAGCGCCGCAGUAGAACGCCUGUUCAGUACUGGUGGCAACGUAAUGACUGUAAAAAGACAUUCCUUGUCUGACAUGCUCUUUGAGCAUCUUGUUCUUUUGAGACAUAACAGAAACAUAUUAUAAAAGCAUUUCAAGUGUAAAAUUUGAUU